CCGCUCCGGUUUUCCAAAAGAACAUCCAUCCUACAUCUCCCCUAUUUUGAGCAAAAAUGGUUGAAGAGGCAAGUACUUCAACAUCUUCACAUCCCAUCAAAACCGUCGUGGUUUUGGUGCAAGAGAAUCGAUCUUUCGACCACAUACUGGGUUGGUUCAAGUCCCUAAAUCCGGAAAUCAAUGGCGUUACCGGAUCUGAAUACAACCCUGUCUCCACAUCCGAUUCCAACUCCGCCCGAAUCUUCUUCGGCGACAACGCCCCCUAUGUUGAUCCGGACCCGGGUCACUCCAUUCAGGCCAUCUACGAGCAAGUCUUCGGGAAGCCCUGGAGCUCUGACGACUCCAAGCAGCCUCACAAACCGACAAUGAACGGAUUUGCCCAAAACGCCGAGGGCACGCAGAAGGGGUUGGCGGAGUCGGUCAUGAGGGGGUUCAAACCCGAUGCAGUCCCGGUGUAUAAAGAGCUGGCGUCGAACUUCGGCAUCUGUGACCGGUGGUUCGCGUCUGUUCCGGCGUCAACGCAGCCAAACCGGUUGUACGUGCAUUCUGCGACGUCACACGGGGCCACCAGCAACAAUACGUUGAAAUUGAUCGAAGGAUAUCCUCAAAAGACCAUAUUUGAGUCAUUGGAUGAAAGUGGGUUUAGCUUUGGGAUAUAUUAUCAGUACCCUCCCGCAACUUUGUUCUACAGGAAUCUUAGAAAAUUAAAAUACCUGAAGAACUUCCACCAGUUUGAUCUUCACUUCAAGAAGCAUUGCGAGGAGGGAAAGCUCCCAAACUACGUUGUAGUAGAGCAAAGAUACUGGAACCUUUUGUCCAUACCGGCAAACGAUGAUCACCCAUCCCAUGAUGUCUCGGAAGGGCAGAAAUUUGUGAAAGAAGUUUACGAGGCAUUGAGAGCCAGCCCUCAGUGGAACGAAAUCUUGUUCAUAAUUACCUACGAUGAACAUGGAGGAUUUUAUGAUCAUGUUCCCACACCCACUGGAGUCCCCAGCCCUGACGACAUCGUUGGCCCUUCACCAUAUUACUUUAAGUUUGACCGCCUUGGUGUUAGAGUUCCCACAUUUUUUAUUUCGCCCUGGAUUGAACCUGGAACAGUCUUGCAUGGACCAAAGGGGCCACAUCAUACGUCAGAGUUCGAGCAUUCAUCAAUUCCAGCAACUGUUAAGAAGAUUUUCAAUCUAAAGGAUUUCUUGACGAAGCGUGAUGCGUGGGCUGGCACUUUUGAGGUUGUCAUAACUAGAAAGGAUCCGAGAACAGAUUGUCCAGUGACAUUAGCGGAGGUCACAAAAACGCAAGUAAUUGAGGCUAACGAGAGGGCGCCACUGAGUGAGUUUCAAGAAGAGCUGGUGCAAUUGGCCGCUGUUUUGAAGGGAGACCACAAGAAGGACAUUUAUCCGCACAAACUUGUGGAAAAUAUGACAGUAGCAGAGGGAGUAAAAUAUGUAGAAGAGGCCUUCUUGGCAUUCUGUGACGAGUGUCAUAAAGCCAAGGAGAGGGGAGCAGAUGAGUCUGAGAUUGUUGUCUUGACGUGCCCUCCGUCGCCAAAGCCUAGAUCUUUUGCUCACAAGAUAUUCUCUUGUUUGAUCUGUGACAAUUGAUAGAUGGAGAAAGGAAAAUUAUUCAGUAACCUAUGUUAGUGUGAUGGGGUGGUUUUUUUUUUUUUUUUUUUUAAAUAAAAAAAUUAUUUAUUU